AUGGCAGAGGCAUUAUCCUCAUCAUUCGAUCAAUGGAUUCGAUCAUUACUUAAUGAAUUACAAUCCAAUGAUGCUGAUAUGAGUGAUUUUGUUCAAUACUUAAUGGGUAUUGUUACAAGUGACAGUGAAACAGAUGAAGAAAAACAAGUAGCUAUUGCCGAAUUACUCUCUGAUCUUGAUUUAAAACAUGAUCAUAAUAUUGAUAAUCUUAGUCAACAAAUUCUUGAUCGUUGGUAUCAAUUACAAAACACUAAUGGUCACAAUUCAAACUCUAAUAGAAGUCAAAUCGGGACAAACGAAGAUGAUGAUGCUAUCAAUAAUGCAUUGAUUAAUGCUAUGAAUCAAAUGGAAUCAACCGUAAAGCAACAAAAACAAACUAAUGAUCAUAAUUCAAAUAAACAUCACGAUGAUCUUGCAUUAAAAAAACAUAAAUCUCAAGUAUUAGCAAAAUAUUCUGAGAUAUCUGAUGAAGAAAUUGAUUAUGGAAUUGAACAAGAAACAAAUGAUAAUAAUUUAUUUCAAAAUACAAAUGCACAAGCUAUUGAAGAUCGUGAAAAAAAAACACGAGAACUACAACACGACGCACAUAAAAAACAACAAGAAAAAAAUAAAAUUGAUGCCAAUAAUCAAAAACAAAAAGAUGAUGAACGAAAAAAGAAAGCACAACAACGAGCUCAAAAACAAGAGAGACGCCGUUAA